CUCGCAGAGUUAUGAGCAAGGAAUUAUUCGAGAAGAAGAUAUACGUAGGAUCUUUCAUGCCGGGUACAGUCGAUACAGCGAUGCAGAGCGAUAUCCGGACUACGGAUUCGGAGGAGAAUCCUCUGCGCGACAUGUUCGUGUCGCUUCAUGCUAACAUGGCUAAGACGGAUCCCAGCGAGACAGCUGAGAGCAAAGGCAAACCACCCCCAACCGACGCACUCGACUCACCGGAAAAUGUGGCGCACUUCGUCAGUUUCCUUCUCUCUGGAAUGGAGCCGGAAGAGUUUGUUAGCGCAGAUCACGAUAUCAGGAACAGCCAGUUGUUCUCAAGGUGGCAUUAGGUCUUUCUUGUAGCGGGACAUUCACCGAAUAAUUGAAUCAGCUGGCUUGAUCCAGAUUCAUAAAAGUAUUGAACUGUUGAGGAUUCCAAUAGGGGAGGUCGUUUUCUUACCCAAUGGAAUUGCGUCCGCUGUCUCGUAUUGUAUCAGUCUCCGCGCUGAAGUGCAUCAACUGACUUUAUUUGCUCAUUGUGGUUAGCCGAUUGGCUUUUGUUGUCCUAGACGUUUGAAGCCUAUGCCUCCGAAUAUUAACGUUACGAGUAGGUAACCCUUGAUGCUGUCACAACCGAGAAGUCUAAAUCAUGGCGCAUCACAAC